AUGCAGCGUCUCAUGGCUUAUGGUUUAGAUCUUGAGAUGCUUGUCGGCCAAGCUCAUACACUAAAUUUGGUAUUGGCACACUCAUGUGAAGUCAGCAUGAUCCGAAAUUGUAUUGGUACUGUUAAAAGUGUAAUUAAUUUCUUCAGACAAUCCGCGCUACGUGAUGGGUUACUUAAAGAAGCUGCUGAGUCAAUUGGAGCCUCUCAUUCUAAUCUCAUAUCUCUUUGUGAAACUCGCUGGAGUGAAAAACACCUAGCAAUAGAAAGAUUUGCAGAAAUGUAUUCCAUAGUUUUUGAAACACUACAAGUACUGCAAAAUAGUAGUAGGGAUUAUGCAUCACAAGCAUAUCAGCUACGACUUGCCAUAGAGAGUUCACAAUUUGUCAUAUCACUACUUAUUAUGCGAAAAGUUUUUAGCUACACAUCGAAUCUUAAUAAAGUUCUUCAGACGAUCAAUAUUGAUUUAAUUGAAACAUGCAAAUAUGUGAAUUCUAUAAGAAAGACGUUCGAGGAGAUUCAGAACGAUGAGGAAUAUUUAAAAAUUAUAAUAGACGCUAAAACACUCAUGGGUACAGAAUCAAUACAAGCUCCUAGAGUUACAGCUAGGCAAACAGGGCGAAACAAUAUUCCAGCAGAUACGGCUGAAAUAUAUUAUAAAAGGAAUAUUUUUUAUCCUUUUCUUGACCAUAUGCAAAGUGAACUAGCAGCACGAUUUUCUCAGCACCAUGAGAGAAUUGGAAGUCUCCGUCUAUUAUUACCUGCAUUUAUAAAAGAUGAAAAUAGAGCAUUAAAUAACCUAAAAGAAAUGCAAGAGAUGUAUUUGCCUAAUGAAAAUAUCGAAAAUGUAUUAUCUGAAUACCGGCUGUGGUGCAUUAAAUGGAAGGAGAACAACGAAGAGUUGACUGCCAUUGAAACAUUUGAGAAAUGCAAUAAACACUUUUUUCCUCUCAUUCACAAACUUCUGAAAAUUUUGGCAACUCUUCCAGUUUCAACAUCAACUGCCGAACGUUCGUUUUCAACAUUGAAGUCCUAG